CAGCAAAGAAAAACACGAAAAGUCGUGAGCCGUUUUAGAUUUUAAUUUGUUAAGAAACACUACAACAAGCAAACAAAGAAGUUAAGUCUUACGAGAAGUGUUUGCAAAUUAUGUGGUUAGAAAUAGAGCGCAUUCGGGCACGAACGCCCAAUCUUCUAGCAGAGAUAUCUCUCAGAGUGAUUUUGAUAUUCAUAGUUUGCGUUCUGCAAAUGAAAGUGAAGCCGCACAUGCACCAUAUAACAGAAUCGGAGCUCACGAACUACAUGAGGCCUCGUAGGGAUUCCUACGUUCCGCCCUGGGCCAUGGUCGUGAUAAUCGUGAUUGUACCUCUGAUCAUUUUAUCCCUGUCUUACAUCCUGACCGGGAAGCAUGAAGACACCGUACAAUCUCUUCUAGCAUGGACUUUAGCUCUCACAAUAAACGCUCUCAUUACAGAGUCAACAAAACUGAUAGUUGGCCGGCCCCGUCCAGAUUUCUUCUACCGCUGCUUCCCGACAGGUAAAUGGAGUUUCCACUGCAACUCUAAUAUGAGGGACGUGAUAGAAGGCAGAAAGUCGUUCCCGAGCGGCCACAGCAGUUUUGCGUUCUGUUCUAUGGGAUACCUGAGUUUGUGGCUGUGCGGGAAACUCAGAGUGUUGUCUUGGAAUCGGGGAGAGGUGCUGAGAAUACUCGCUUGUUUGAUGCCUAUGAUGUUAGCGACUGUUGUGGCUAUAAGCCGAGUUUGCGACAACCAUCACCACUGGGAGGACAUCACAGUUGGUUCAGUACUUGGGUUUGCCUCCUCAUACUUUUGCUACAGGCAAUAUUAUAAUUCAUUGGAUUCCGUGUUGUCUGGUUAUCCUUACAUUACCGUAUCGAGCGAGUCUCUAGAAGUAGUUCAAGAAACAUCCGAUGACGACUCAUUUUUCUAUGAUUCUAAUAGCUUGACCAAAGUUCACGUAAUGGAUGACAAAAAAUACAGUUGAAUAAAUUGUUAGUUUUAAGAUUGCGAAGACUGUUAUCAUUUAAAUUUAAUUAAUACAAAAAGGCGGUAUGGUCCGUACUCGAGCCCUUAUAUAUGGUCAAACUGGGGCAGCAAAUAAAAAUCAUUCAACAUUCAUAA